CUUUAGCCAGUAGUCGUUUUACUAGAAACAAAAGGUGGUGCUGUGCAAACGCUCAAUCUGCAUCAUUUGACAGGUCACGGCGUUAAGGAUGUAGUGGUAGGUGAUUCCGAUGGAAUGGUGACAUCCUUUUCCAAUCAACAAAUCUUGACAAAACAAUCUGUAGGUGCACCCAUCAGUUGUAUUGAUAUUCACGAAAAUCUGGUGGGCAGUUAUGAAAUCAUUAUUGGAGAUACUAGUGGUAUGAUUAGCAGUUUUCGACAACAUGAUACCUUGUGGAAAUUCAAUCUCGAACAAUGGAGUAGAACAAUGGCAGCUGAAGGAACAAUAAAUCGACAAUCAGCUACCAUAGGUUGCAUUCAUUCUACCAAACUGACAGAUUCUUUUGGUUUGCAAAUGUCUUGUCUUUUAGUAACAAAUGGUUGGCCGAUGAUACAUUUCAUGCAUGAAGGACAAUGUAUUCAAACUCUGCGGACAUCAACUACUAUCAAAUCAAUAUGUUCUGGUCACUUUUUGACAAUUCACACAAAGAAUCGCAUCUUGGAUACAACUCCUUCAAAAAUACAUCACAAGGAAACUCAUGAAAAGCUCUCUUCUCGACAAGUGUUAUUAGCUGGUCAAGAUGGGAUAGUUUAUGUGAUGAUUGACUUUGAGAUCUUUCCAUGGUUUCAUGUUGGGUUUCACAUUUGUCAAAUUAUGUGUUUUAGACCAUUUGGGAUGCCAGAAACUGAACCUGAUCUUGUUAUAUGCAUGGGACAUGCCAAUAAAGUCAAGAUAUACCAAAAUGCUCAAGUCGUUUCUGAAAUAGAGACCAAGGAUUGGCCUCAUACUAUGACUAUGGGUGAUGUGAAUACUGAUGGAAAGGAUGAAUUAGUGAUUGGCUUAUUGGAUCAGUCGAUAGAAGUGUAUCGGUAUUCGAUCGAGUAGAUAGAUAGAUUUGUGCAUAUACCUAUUCUCAUUUUGGACCCCGCCAUCAUGCGUAAAAUAUUUUUUUUUUUCACAUUUUUCUUCUUCUUCCUAUUCCUCUUCUCCUUUAGUAUAUAUCAUGUUUCCUAGAUUUAGUACUGCCUGUCAAAAAUUUACAUCCCAUUCUUCGUC